AAAGAUGUUGUAACCCUGACCCUCAAGCCCAGCUUCCUUUCCUAACAAUGCUGGGGAGGAACCCAGGCUGGGGGAGAAGUUAAAGCCAGAGGAGGGGCAGGAAUGUCUGAGGUGGCAACACUUCUCUCCAGCCAGACAGCACUGGCCAGUUUGAAGUCUGUCCAUCCUGCAGGCCACAAGCUCUGGAGGAGGAACUUGAGGCGCAUCGCUAGCCCCUGAUCAUUUCACCUAAAAGAGCAAGGACUAGAGUUCCUGACCUCCAGGCCAGUCCCUGAUCCCUGACCUAAUGUGUGUUUGCAGUGAUGAUAAAACGAAUAUAUACAUCUACGGGGGCCUGGGGUUGGGCGGGCUCCUGCUUCUGGCUGUGGUUCUUCUGUCCGUCUGCCUGUGUCAGCUGCAUCGAAGAGUGAAGAGGCUGCAGAGAAGCUGGGUCCAGGGGUCCUCAGAGCAGGAGCUCCACUAUGCGUCUCUGCAGAGGCUCCCAGUGUCCAGCAGUGAAGGACCUGACCUCAGGGACAGAGACAAGAGAGGCACCAAGGAGGAUCCCAGAGCUGACUAUGCCUGCAUUGCUGAGAACAAACCCACCUGAGCACCCCAGAUACCUUCCUCAACCCAGGCGAGUGGACAGGGUCCUCCUGUGGUCCACCCAGUAAAGACCAUGGUCCCCCCACUUCUGUGUCUCAGUCCUCUCAAUCCAUCUCGAGCCUCCAUUCAAAAUGAUCAUCAUCAAAACUUAUGUGGCUUUUUGACCUUUGAAUAGGGAAUUUGUUUUUUAAAAAUUAAAAUUAAAAAAACACGUGGCUCACCCUUCCACCCA